AUGCCCCUCGUCAACGCCAACCACUCCUCCUGCCCCAAAUGCGGCGUCGCCGCCUCGGGCACCUCCAAGACCUGCUCCUCCUGCGGCGCUACCCCCCCGAGACGGGCCCCCGUCGCCCGGCCCCGCGUCGAACCCGAACCGUCGCUCCUGUCCGCAAAGCUGGGUUUGCCGACGCGCAAGGAAAACAGAUGGUCUGACGAGGCCGGCUGA